GAAAUUUGUCUGUUUAGUAUCGUUUGAUGUAGAUAGUUUUAAAACAUUUUUAAACAAUGUCUUCUUUUUUUAACAAAUUUUUCGGAUUUUGUAAUAUCAUUUUUUCCCCCUAAUUUUACUCUCCGAAUUCUGCCUGUGAUCUGUAUGCUGUAUGGUUCUUCGGAAUAGGAGAGCUUUUUGUUUUUGUCUGGUAGUCCUGAGCAGUUGGUGAUACUGAAUAAUUUCUUUCUUUAUUUGAGCGGGAAAAUGAGUGAUUUGGGGCGAGAGGGAGCGGAGUCGACCGGCGAGCUGGCGGAGGGCCUCCUGGCCUCCAUAAUGCUGGCGACGGACGAGCUACGCAUCGCGGACGUGGGGGCCGCCUCCGCCCCCAAGGACGUCACCUUGAAGCAGAGACUGCUCUGCCUCCAAGAACUGGCCAGAGAGGCGGCCGAAUUGGAGUUAGACGUGCUGAGCAGCGAGGAGGGAGCCACGGAGGCUCUGUACGCGGCGCUGGAGAAGGAUGUGGAGACGCUGCAGAAGAUGAAGCUGCAGAAGGAGCGGGCGUUGCAAGAGGACAGGCUGCAGUUGGAGAGCUUGCAGAAGCACCUGGGGCAGCUGCGAGCGGGACGGGCGCGGCGGAGGACCGCCGGAGAGACCAGGGUCUUGGAGGACGUGGAGGCCACGCUGAAGAGGGCGAAGCAGGUCUUCAUGGAGACCCGCGAGGACCUGGCUGAAGCUUUAAAUGCUGUAAUGAAUGAUGAUCCAGCAAUGAAAACUAUAAUAUUGGAGGUGACGAAGGCGUUCUUCGCGGGCGGGGACUCAUACGUGCAGGUGGAGGAAGACUGGGCCCCUUGCCUGGAGUUGCUGUGUCGCGGCCGGGUGGUCGCCUUCCACCCGUACAACAAGAACAAGAUACGACUGGCCGCGCUCGAGUGACCGGGGCGGCUGGUGAUCGCUCUCUCUAGAACUAUCCGGUUCCAUCAGUGGUUCAUAUGUCUCCAGAACUGCCCAGUUCCGUCAGUGGUUUAUGUGUCUCCAGAACUAACCAGUUCCAUCAGUGGUUCAUGUGUCUCCAGAACUACCCAGUUCCAUCAGUGGUUCAUGUGUCUCCAGAACUGCCCAGUUCCGUCAGUGGUUUAUGUGUCUCCGGAACUACCCAGUUCCAUCUGUGGUUUAUGUGUCUCUAGAACUACCCAGUUCCAUCUGUGGAAAAAAUGUUAUCCAGUUCCAUGAACGAUUUAUAUAAAAAAAAUGUAAUCACUA